AUGUCUUUCCCGUCCCAAGUGGACCGAUCUUGUUCAGCUACUCAUCCUCCGGUCCGACCUCCAGUCCAUCGUUCUCCAGUCCUUCAAGGAUUACCGCCGUUCUCUGCUGCAGCCGCGCUCGUUGCUUUUUUGCCUCUUCUCUCCGUAUCCAUUCCCUAG